ACUCACACGUCUGACAUUAUCUGACAUUAUACACAAAAUUUUGUUUGCCGAAGAGUUCGAAGAGUGUAAUUUGCUGAUUAAAAAUUGCGGUGCUUAGUUUCUAUCUACCAGCAUCAUGUCUACUGGUUCGGUCGAAUUAAGUUCAUAUCGUGACCAGCAUUAUAAAGGCUCCCGGCACGAACAAGAACAACGACUUCGAUUUACAACCACAUUGUACGUUGGUAAUCUAUCAUUUUACACAACCGAGGAACAGAUACAUGAGUUAUUUUCGAGAUGUGGUGACAUCCGGCGCAUAGUGAUGGGCUUGGACAAAUUCAAGAAAACUCCGUGCGGUUUUUGCUUCAUCGAAUAUUACAUUCGAGAGGAUGCGGAAAAUUCAAUGAGAUACAUAAACGGUACUCGGCUGGAUGAUCGAAUCGUUCGCGUUGAUUGGGAUGCCGGUUUCAUUGAAGGGCGUCAGUAUGGACGUGGCAAAUCUGGUGGUCAAGUGAGAGACGAAUACCGAACGGAUUAUGAUUCUGGCAGAGGAGGUUAUGGCAAAUUGAUUGCCCAGAAAAUUGCGCCAAACACCGACAAUCGGGCAUGAUUGCCGGAUGUCCGUAGUAUAUAAGGAAGUGUUGAAUAAAAAAAAUAAUUAUUUUUUAAGCGAAA